AUGAGGAGCGACAUCAAAGAUUUUAAGGGGAAGCAAGCCCAGCCUCCCAACAGCCGCUGGCUCCCAAGCCAGAAUGGGAGUAACGCCGAGGCGACCCCGGCGGCAAACCUCACCUUCUCCUCCUACUACCAGCACUCCUCACCAGUGGCGGCCAUGUUCAUUGUGGCCUACGUGCUCAUCUUCCUCCUCUGCAUGGUGGGCAAUGCUCUGGUCUGCUUCAUCGUGCUCAAGAACCGGCACAUGCGCACCGUCACCAACAUGUUUAUCCUCAACCUGGCCGUCAGUGACCUGCUGGUGGGCAUCUUCUGCAUGCCCACCACCCUUGUGGACAACCUCAUCACUGGGUGGCCCUUCGACAACGCCACGUGCAAGAUGAGCGGCUUGGUGCAGGGCAUGUCCGUGUCGGCUUCUGUUUUCACACUGGUGGCCAUUGCUGUGGAAAGGUUCCGCUGCAUCGUGCACCCUUUCCGCGAGAAGCUGACCCUGCGGGAGGCGCUGGUCACCAUCGCGGUCAUCUGGGCCCUGGCCCUGCUCAUCAUGUGCCCCUCGGCCGUCACGCUGACCGUCACGCGCGAGGAGCACCACUUCAUGGUGGACGCCCGCAACCGCUCCUACCCGCUCUACUCGUGCUGGGAGGCCUGGCCCGAGAAGGGCAUGCGCAAGGUCUACACCACCGUGCUUUUCUCGCACAUCUACCUGGCGCCGCUCGCGCUCAUCGUGGUCAUGUACGCCCGCAUCGCCCGCAAGCUCUUCCAGGCCUCGGGCCCGGGCCGGGCGGGCGGGGCGGCGGCGGAGGGCGCGCGCGGAGCCCGGCGCAGGGCGCGCGUGGUGCACAUGCUGGUCAUGGUGGCGCUGUUCUUCACGCUGUCCUGGCUGCCGCUCUGGGCGCUGCUGCUGCUCAUCGACUACGGGCACCUCAGCGAGCCGCAGCUGCAUCUGGUCACCGUCUACGCCUUCCCCUUCGCGCACUGGCUGGCCUUCUUCAACAGCAGCGCCAACCCCAUCAUCUACGGCUACUUCAACGAGAACUUCCGCCGCGGUUUCCAGGCCGCCUUCCGCGCGCAGCUCUGCCCGCCGCCCUGGGGGAGCCAUAGGGCGGCCUACUCGGAGCGGCGGGGCCGGCUCGUGCGCACACGGGUCUUCGUGGAGGUGCCGCCCAGCGACUCGGGCCUGCCCUCUGAGUCGGGGCCGAGCAGUGGGGCCCCCAGGCCUGGCCGCCUCCCGCUGCGCAAUGGCCGGGUGGCCCACCAUGGCAUGGCCGGGGAGGAUCCCAGCUGCUCCCAUCUGCCCCUCACCGUCCCUGCCUGGGACAUUUGA